AUGACUUCUUCAAACUCCGACCAGCGGCUGGACCACCUUCUGAGCGUGGUGGAGAGCGAGUUUCAGAAGGGGAGCGAGAAAGGAGACGCAUCGGAGAGGGAUAUUAAACUGGGACUAGAAGACGCAGAAUUAUGGACCAAGUUUAAAGAACUAACCAACGAAAUGAUCGUCACCAAGACUGGCAGGCGGAUGUUUCCAGUGCUCAGAGCGAAUGUGAGCGGCUUGGACCCCAACGCCAUGUACUCAGUCCUAUUGGACUUCGUGGCUGCAGACAACAACCGGUGGAAGUACGUGAAUGGCGAGUGGGUUCCCGGUGGCAAGCCCGAGCCACAGAGCCCUAGCUGCGUCUACAUCCACCCAGACUCGCCUAACUUCGGAGCGCACUGGAUGAAAGCGCCCGUCUCAUUUAGCAAAGUCAAACUGUCCAAUAAACUCAACGGAGGAGGACAGAUCAUGCUGAACUCUCUGCACAAGUAUGAGCCCAGGAUACACAUUGUGAAGGUUGGAGGGCUCCAGAAGAUGAUCAGUAGCCAGUCUUUCCCCGAGACUCAGUUCAUCGCUGUCACUGCUUACCAGAACGAAGAGAUAACUGCGUUGAAGAUCAAACACAAUCCAUUCGCCAAAGCUUUCCUUGACGCCAAAGAGAGGAGCGACCAUAAAGACAUUCCAGACCAUGGUGGAGACAGUCAACAGUCUGGUUAUUCCCAACUUGGUGGUUGGUUCCUACCUGGUAACGGCCCUAUGUGCUCCAGCAGCAGCCCCCCUCCGUUCAGCGGGGCCCCUGGCCCCUCCUCAGGGUCUUAUUGUGAGAGGUACUCCAGCCUGAGGGGCCACAGGGCCGCCCCCUACCCCAGCCACUACCCACACCGCUCCUCCAGCUCAAACAACUACAUGGACAACUCGUCGGGAGUCCUGCCCACCCAUGACAGCUGGUCAGCCCUUCAGAUCCCAAACUCCUCUGGGAUGGGAACCCUGGCCCAUACAACCAACUCCACAUCCAACUCCAGCCAGUAUCCUAGCCUGUGGUCUGUUGCCGGGACAACCCUAACUCCUUCUGGCUCCUCCUCUGGUUCCAUUGCUGGCGGUCUGACCAGCCAGUUCCUGCGAGGCUCCUCCUACACUGGCCUGACCUCCUCCCUGCCCGUUUCCUCACCAUCCUCCAUGUACGACCCCAGCCUUAGUGAGGUGGGUGUAGGCGUGGGCGAGGCCCAGUUCGAAAGCUCCAUCGCCAGGCUCACCGCCUCCUGGGCACCUGUGGCUCAGAGCUACUGAGCACAAUGCAUCUUCCAUCAGACAUUGACUCUACUCAAGCACCAUCCUGCCCCACAUCACCUCCCUCUCCUCUCUACUGCCUGACGAUCACCUAGGAAACCUUUGGGUUGAUGCAUUACAUGUGGACAGCAACACCUGUGAAAGGCAGAGAGUCAGCUCAGAAGAAGAUCUAUCUGAUGCAGAGAGAUGUAGGGUCC